AAUCAGCGAACAAUUGACAUCCUCCCAUGUAAGGUCUUGGAAGCUCUUAUAGAUUUUGGUUUUUUGUUUAUAGUUACGUUAAUUACUGAUUUAAUUAAUAGACUCCAACAUGUCGGAAAUGAGCAGAUCACGUAUGUUCAAAAAUCAAGGAAAAGACCCAGAUGAGAUGAGGAGGCGGCGAACCGAAGUAACGGUAGAAUUGAGAAAGUCUAAAAGAGAUGAGCACAUCCUUAAAAAACGAAACGUUCCGAUUAAUGAAAAAGAAAGUACCGAUUCAGAAGAUUCAGAAAGAGGUGUUCAUCAAAGUUUGGAACAAAUUGUCGAAAACGCUAAAUCAACAAACGUCGAAACUAAAUUGCAAGCUGUUCAAGCAGCAAGAAAAUUGUUGUCAAGCGACAGAAAUCCUCCAAUAGAUGAUCUGAUUCGAUCUGGAAUCCUACCAGUACUCGUCUCAUGCUUGGAAAUCCAAAAUUCGUCUAUUCAAUUUGAGGCAGCUUGGGCUCUGACAAAUAUUGCUUCUGGAACCUCAAAACAAACUCAAGCGGUUGUAGAAGCAGGAGCUGUACCUCAUUUUCUGAACCUUUUACAGUCGAAACAUGAAAACGUUUGCGAACAAGCAGUUUGGGCUCUCGGAAAUAUAAUUGGGGACGGACCUCAAUGUCGAGAUUUCGCAAUUCGUCUGGGCGUUGUCAAACCACUUUUAGCUCUAAUUGAUCCAAAUAUUCACAUUACUUUUCUUCGAAAUGUUACAUGGGUCAUGGUUAAUUUGUGUCGUAAUAAGGAUCCGCCACCUCCUAUAGAUACAAUACAAGAAAUUCUUCCAGCUCUUUGCUUACUUAUUCACCAUUCUGAUACCAAUAUACUGGUCGAUACAGUAUGGGCAUUAUCUUACUUGACCGAUGGAGGUAAUGAUCAGAUCCAGAUGGUAAUUGAUUCAGGCGUAGUUCCUUAUUUGGUUCCCCUGUUAUCGCACAUCGAAACGGCUGCUUUGAGAGCAGUAGGAAAUAUUGUAACUGGAACUGACGAACAAACCCAAGUUGUACUCAACUGUAAAGCUUUGGAACAUUUCCCUUCUUUAUUAUCUCAUAGCAAAGAGAAAAUUAAUAAGGCAACCGGAAAUCAGCAGCAAGUACAAGCCGUAAUCGACGCUAAAUUAAUCAGUCUUAUUGUCCAUCAUUUGAACAAGGGAGAGUAUCAAACUCAAAAGGAAGCUGCAUGGGCAAUAUCUAAUUUAACUAUCUCUGGUAGACCAGAGCAAGUGGGUGUAGUGGUUGAAGCUGGUGUUUUACCACCAUUCUGCAAGUUGCUUACUGUUAAAGAUCCUCAAGUUAUUCAAGUGGUUUUGGACGGAAUUAAUAACAUUUUGAAAAUGGCUCAGAGCCAGGGAGGAUUGGAGCAUUUGUGUGAGCAGAUAGAAGAAUGCGGCGGUCUUGAUAGCAUUGAGAUUUUGCAGAACCACGAAAACGAAGAUAUUUAUAAGUUGGCUUAUGAAAUUAUUGAUAAUUACUUCGGUGAUGACACUGAAGACAUAGCGUUAGGACAGGAUGAAAAUCAGCAAGGUUUUCAAUUUGAUCCAGAAGCUAGAAUACCUUCGGAAGGUUUCAGAUUCUAA